UUUGUGAUAGCGGCGCUCUCGUUAGCACUGGGCUGGGAGAUUCGGAACGAUUUACUUCGUGGUUAUCCUUGUAUUCGGCGACUGAAUCAGCUAUACUGUCCCACGCCAGGAAACAGAUACCCCAAUGAAAAAAUUGAAAACUUUAUUGACGAAAAUAAAUCCCUAAUUAAAAGAAUGUUUGGAGAAUAUGAAAAGUUUCCAGAAGGAUCUUAUAAUCCUCCUUUUUCAACCUACGAUGGACAUAAAAUCCCUACGCGAUCCCAUCGGGGUCCCAGAUCCACCUACGGCGCGACCCCUAACAAAGUUGACGCCUGUGAGUCUACGGUAGAGAUUGUCACUCCAUACUGGGCUUCAAAUAGUGCUGGGAAAAUUAGGGCUAUAAUUAACACAAAACAUUUACAACAGGCUAUACAACAAGAAGUAUGCCAAUCGCAGGAGACCAAAAGAUGUAAUGCAGAUUGUUCGUGUGAGCAGAAGUACAAGUGGCAUAGACUUCUGGCGUACGACCCGGAUGAUGAUUGUCGGGGGAUAUUUAUGGAUUGGUUUCUCUUUCCUUCUUGUUGUGUUUGCAGGUGCACAAACUUAGUUACCAAAUGAUCCGCUGGCCACUAUUUUGAGAAAGUGAUAAAAGACGAAAUGUUUUAAGCUAAAAAACAUAGAAACUUAAUAAGAAACUAAAAAAAAGGAGGCCAUAACUUUAUAAAAUGUGGAUCUCGAACAGUUAUGUUUGAAAUUUGUUGCUGUUAGGAUUGCAGUAUGUUUUCUUAGCUAGCAAUGUCUGUGGCGACACCUAGGAGUGCAAUCAUUAACGAAUGGUGCUAACGAUGUUAUAAAUGAUGAAAUUGAA